AUCCCACAAUUCUACUCCCCGGUGUAGUGGAGUUUGAGGCUGGUGGAGAGGGGGAACUGCAGCAGAGUAGCACCGCUGUCAGGAAACAGAAGCCCACUACGAAUGCAACUCGCGUAAACCAGCUGAACGAGGACGGUGUACCUGCAUGAUUUACCAUGACAACUGAAUCAGGCGCAGACUCGGAGGCCAAGCAGGCGCAGGAGAACAAGGAGACGGAGAAGGUUAAAGCUAAAGCAGCCGCCGAACCCACCUCGCCUCAGAACCAGCCGGAGCAGCUGCCCGCCGCCGCCGGACACAGCACCCCGGCCAGGAAAGAAGAACAGGAGCAGCAGGAGGGGGACCAGGUAUCCCGCAGAUCGUCCACCAGUCGUCUCUCCAGGUCUCCUUUGAAAGGAGUGAAGAAGACGAAGAUCAUGGAGUGUAAAGUCGCCCUGCUGGAUGGCUCCGACUUCACACUCAAUGUGGAGAAACGAGCAAAGGGCCAAGUUCUCUUUGAUAAAAUAUGUGACCACCUCAAUCUCCUGGAGAAGGACUACUUUGGUAUCACAUGCAGAGAUGUAGAGAAUCAGAAGAAUUGGCUAGACCCUUCCAAGGAGCUAAAGAAGCAGAUCAGGACCGGUCCCUGGAACUUUGGUUUCAAUGUCAAAUUUUACCCUCCAGACCCCUCCCAGCUGACUGAGGAUAUCACAAGGUACUACCUGUGUCUGCAGCUGAGGGACGACGUGGUUUCAGGCCGUCUGCCUUGCUCCUUUGCCACCCACACGGUGCUGGGCUCCUACACAGUGCAGUCUGAACUGGGAGACUACGACCCCGAGGAAUUAGGCAGCGACUACAUCAGCGAACUGCGCUUUGCACCCAACCAAACCAAAGAGCUCGAGGAGAAAGUCAUGGAACUCCACAAGACCUACAAGGGGAUGACACCAGCCGAAGCAGAGAUACACUUCCUGGAAAAUGCCAAGAAGCUGUCCAUGUACGGCGUGGACCUCCACCACGCUAAGGACUCUGAGGGAGUGGAGAUCAUGUUGGGAGUUUGUUCAAGUGGCCUGCUCAUCUACAGAGACAGGUUGCGAAUUAACCGGUUCGCUUGGCCCAAAAUCCUAAAGAUCUCCUACAAGAGGAACAACUUUUACAUCAAAAUCCGGCCCGGCGAGUUUGAGCAGUUUGAAAGCACAAUUGGUUUCAAGCUUCCAAAUCAUCGCGCUGCCAAAAGGCUGUGGAAGGUCUGUGUCGAGCACCACACCUUCUUCAGGCUCAUAUCCCCCGAGUCUCUACCGAAGAAGUUCCUGAGCCUCGGCUCCAAGUUUCGCUACAGCGGCAGAACGCAGGCUCAGACCCGCAGGGCCAGCUCCAUGAUCAUCAGACCUGCGCCGCUCUUCGAGCGCUCUUCCAGCAAACGCUACAACAUGUCCCUCAGCUUAGAUGGAGCACCCAUUAUGGAGAACCAUGAGACUCUCAUGAAGGACAGUGCUGCUGAUGGGGCAACCAAAAUCAUCACCAAGGGAGACAUCAUCACCACGGUAACGACGGAGAAGAAGGCAGAGGAAGAGAAGGCGCAGCAGGAGGACGCUCGGAUGGAUGCUGUUGAGACGCAGGAACCGACUGCCACAACACCGCUCAGACAUGACACAAAGUGCUCCUCCCAUGUGUACACAACCGACCCCCUCCGCUCUGAGCUCUCACUCCCCUCAUCUCCUGUUUCAUCACCUAAAGUGCGGCGAAGGCGCAGGGAGAACAUGCGUAAACGGGCCUCGUCUGUCAGUCCAGCCAAGAGCACCGCUGGGUGCCGCCGCCGGCAAGCCCACGCCGACCGCAAGGCCGCCCUGCUGGAUGAGCAGGUGCUGCUACUCUCGGCCCGCAAGCAGAGGCUGGAGCAGGGCAAGAGCCGCGGCGGCACACUCUUCUCCUUCUCCCUGCACCUGCCCGACAUGUCCACCUUGCUGGAUGAGGACGGCUACAUCUCCUUUCCCGAUAUGUCAGAGAUGCGCUUCCUCCCUAUGUGCGCGCAGAACUUCCUGCCUAUUAAGUCACCGUCCCUCAUCCCCUGCUUCCUCUUCAUUUUCUUCUUCCUGCUAUCCACCUCCUUCUCCGUCCCUUACGCCCUCACCCUCUCUUUCCCCCUGGCGCUGUGCCUCUGCUACCUGGAGCCCAAGGCAGCCUCCCUGACCGCUUCCAUAGCCCAGGGCUACCAUGACCAUGACAGUUCAGAGGAAGAGGAGACUGACAGCGAACAAACCGACUUUGCCUAUGAUGGAGAGAUGACCGCCACAGAGUCGGACGCGGAUGACGACUCUGAGAUGCGGACUCAGGAGACCUCGCCUCCGGAAGAGAUGGUCAAACACCAGACCAACAUCAGCGAACUGAAGCGCUCCUUCCUAGAGACGGGCGAGAGCGCGGCAGGCCUGACGGAAUGGGAGAAGAGACUCUCCUCGUCCCCUGCGCGCUCGCCCAGAGCAGAAGAAGCACCAAUGAUAGAGCCACUGGAGCUGCAGGAUACUAAAGAUGAGCAGCCUGCAGGAGAAGAGCCAAAAGAGGAGGAACGUGAAGCCACUGAGGCGGCAGGAUAUCUGGUGAAAUAUGUGGUCGAUAGUAUCGCAACAGAUUUGGCCACCUCCUCUGGGCCUCACGGGAUUAGCCUGUCAACCACUAUGGACGAUGAUGUCUUCAUGGACGGGACCCUCAGGGAGGUGGACGAGGUGUCGGAGAGGGCCGAGAUGAAGGUCAGCCCCGGGGCUGUCAGACAGGAAGUGUUCCAGGCUAUCAGUGACAAGAAAGGGACGCUCAUUAUCUUGAAGGAGGCUGAUGAUAAAGUAGACACAGAGGGCGAAGAGACGAGUGGUGCAGGUGAAGAAGAGGAGCCUGUUAUCCCUGAAGAGGCCAAAGCUGAGGAGAACGAAAUGCUGUCUACCUCUAAAGAGAAAGAAUCUAUCAGUGAAGACACUUCUGUUGUUGUCGAAGCCAAAACCACUGCAGUCAAGACGCAGAGUCCGAAGAUGGAGAUAAAAACUGAUGCCAUGACUCAGAUUAAAGGUACUGACUCGUCUAAAAAGGCCAUGGCAUCCUGGAUAUCUGAAGUGGUGAAGUCCGAGGUCAUCAGUGAGUCAACAAAGGAAGUGAAACAGACAAAAGCUUCUGACGCCCUGCAGCAGGAAGAAGAAAUCUUCACCUUCGAAGAGGUCCAAACAGAGCAGUCAAAGUCCAGCCUGUCUCCAAUUACAGUUUCUGAAUCCUCAACUACAUCCUUAGCAGUGUCUACGCUGGGAUGGGUUUCCUCCUCUGAAAAGGGAUCCGCUGAACCAGAGGAGAAGAUGGUGGUUGCCACGGAGACGGAAGCGGCACCGGCCGAGUCGACAGGGCCUACGGGUAUUGACGUCGUCGAGGUGGGAACCAAAGAGGUGCCUGUCGUCCACACAGAGACAAAGACUAUCACCUAUGAGUCUGCAGAGGUGGACACUAAUGGUGACGUAGACCCUGGGGUGUUGCUGAGUGCUCAGACAAUCACCUCGGAAACCACCAGCACCACGACAACCACACACAUCACAAAGACGGUUAAAGGAGGAAUAUCAGAGACAAGAAUUGAGAAAAGGAUUGUCAUCACAGGAGACACAGACAUCGACCACGAUCAGGCUCUGGCUCAGGCCAUAAAGGAGGCUAAAGAACAGCAUCCUGACAUGUCAGUGACCAAAGUAGUGGUACAUAAAGAGACAGAGAUCACACCAGAGGAGGGGGAGGACUGACCCAGGAGUAACACUGUGGGCUGCUUUCCUUUCAACUCCCCACAUUACAACAUCCACAACUCCACAUAUUACUCCGGGACUCUCAGAAGACUAGAACGGCUCCUACUCUCCUAAUGCUGCAGCCCGCCGCUAGUCGCAGCCAUCACCUGCAAAUUAAAUAAAUGCAUCUUGCAUGAGAAGGACGCAAUGUUGCAUUAUCAUACUAAAUGGCCAGAUUAUACAGAAAAACAUACGUUUUUAAACGUGGUUCUCGAUCCACCUGCACGCCGAAUCUCCGUGUGUGCAGCAAGCAAACUGUUUGCUUACACUGCCUUAUGACUUUGAUGCAUUUUUAUGAUUAUUGAGAAUAAUUAUUGUAGCAACGUUUUAUUUAUGAAAUAAAGCCAUCACUCCAGAAACUUUAAAUCGCUGUAUAUUUUAGGCAGCAGACGCUAUUUAACUUAGCUGUAAAAGUGCCAACCUCAUUUGCCAGCAAGCAUUGCCUCACUUCCUCCAACAAGCCGAUGAUUUUCCGUCUGGGAUGCCACUACUACAGAAAUCACUACAGCCCAGUUCUGUACAUAUCAACGCUUUCCUAGGAGAAUAGCAAAUUAUCUUUCACCCUUGAUUUUAUUCACGUCUACUUGAAUUGCAUUUUUCUUUUUAUGAUCAUUUCAGUAUUUUGUCGUUUUCCUCGUCGAUUUGAUUCCACCACGGUCCGUUUUGGCAGAUGCCAAGGAAUCAAGUUUUCUGUGCAAGAAAUAUAUUGUAAUGUGCCUGUGCAGGCUUUGAAUGUUCUCCAGGGUGGACGAUCGGCUGCAGCGCCACAAGGCCCAGGUUUGUGUGACUGUGAGGCGAAGGGCUCAGACUGCCGAGCUCAGCUCAAAUUAGAUGCAAAGCCAAGAGAGAUCUGUCCAUCUCCUCCUCCUCUCCCCCCCCCCCCCCCCCCCCCCUUCCAGAACAUGUCAUCUAUAUGCCUCCCUCAUCUGUUCAACUCUAUCUGAAUAACUGCGUAUUGUUUGUGUACAGCCAUGUUUUCCUCAAAAUGGUGAAAUAAAAGUGGCAAAUGCA